AUGAGCAGACGACGACCAGCGAACCACAACAACGUCCGAGGGCCCACCUCAGCAUUGACGGCGUUCUUAAGGGCAUGGUUUCAUCACCCGCGACGAGCGGCGACACGCCAGCAGCAGCAACAGCAGGACGAUGACCAGCAACAGGACGAUGGUCAACAAGGCGACGGGCAGCCUCAGGCGGGCCCGAGCAACGCCCAGCCAGAGGCAAGCAGCUCGACGUCGACGCCGUCGAGGAGGCCAUCCAGAGCUGCGAGCCGACGGGUAUCAGGGUAUGGCUCGGACAAUCUCGACGACGAAGACGAAGACGGCGACGGCGACGUUGAGAUGAAGGAGGCCACGGACAAUGAGCCUGAGCAGCAGGAAGCUGUCGAGAGUCCUGCUCCAGCAAAGAAGCGCAAACUGUCAAAGAAGGCUGAAGCGAAACUCAAAGCUGAAGAGAAGAAGAAGAUGAAGGGGAAGAAAGGAAAGGGCGGGGACGACGAUGAUGACUACGACGACGAGGACGACGACCCUUAUACCUCGCUGUCUAAGGCGAUGUGGACAAACUCUGGGUCCAAACCUGCGCCAGGUAGUUUCGAGAACUGUGCGAGGUGUAAAAAACAAUUCACUGUGACCAAGUACACGAUGACUGCGAACCCACCACCGGGCUGGCUCUGCCAUGUAUGUGCGAAGUCCUCAGGCCAGGACCCAUUCAAAAAGCCAGCCGCCCCCAAGAAGCGCAAGACUGCCGCAGACAAGCGGGAGAUUACACAUUUCGUCGAAAAUCGACUACCCACACUCGUCACUAUCUGUAUCAGGCUUGUUACCAAGCACAUCGACGACGUCGAAUCUCUGGGCGACAUUGGUACCCUGAACCUGGAAGCCAUCGCAAAGGCCAUGUCGAAGAACCGCUCCUUGACACCCGACAACGCCAAAUUAUUCUAUAACGCCUCCAACCCCCGUCUGACCUUCUACGACGCGACGAAUAUAACACCUGCAGCGUUCGAAACGCUUGUAUAUCUCAAUCCCAACCUCACGUCCCUUCGCCUCGACUUUUGCGGUCAGCUUGACGAUACUGCGUUCAAGGUCUUCUGUACCUCGCUUCCCGCCCUCACUCACAUCGAGUUGUUGGGUCCUUUCCUCGUCCGUGCACCCAUGUGGCAGGAAUUCGCCAAAUCUCAUCCUAACCUCGAAGCUUUUUUGAUCACCCAGAGUCCCAGAUUUGACCUCGAGUGUAUCAAAGCUCUGGUGAAACACUGUCCAGGGUUGAAGGAGUUGCGAUUGAAAGAGUUCGCCAAGAUGUCUGAUGUGUUCUUGGAGGAACUCGCCGCUCUGGGAGAAGGCCUGACUUACCUCGACAUCUCGUGUCCGGGAGGAGAGUCCUGCAGCGAAGCCGCCAUUAUCCAGCUUCUAGAGUCCGUUGGGGGAUCAUUGAAGAGCUUGGACGUGGCGAAGCACGACGAUAUCACGGAUAGGCUCCUGAAAGAGGGUCUGAUUCCGCACGUCCACCAUCUCGAUACGCUGAACCUCUCCCACCUGAACGAGCUCACAGACGAAGGCGUUGGCGAGUUUUUCUCGACUUGGGAGAAUCCACCUCUCGUCCACCUCGACAUUAGCCGGAACCCAGAUCUCGGUACGAAAGCUCUUGAAGCGAUUAUGAAGCACUCGGGCAAGACGUUGGAGGUUUUGAACAUCAAUGGUUUCAAGGACGUUGAAGAGCCGGCUCUGCGAACAAUUGGCAGGUUAGGGAAGGAGAUGCGGAAGCUCGAUGUGGGAUUCUGCCGGAAUGUGGACGACUUUGUGAUCAAGGCGUGGUUGGAAGGCGAGGAGGCAGCUGCAGGAGCUGAAGGUGUGGGGGUGCAAUAG